AUGUCUGGGGACGACGAAGGCGACCACCGUAGGCGCUACUUGAAGUGGAGCGACGACCUGCAGGAUGCGUACCUGGCGGCGCUGGAGAAGUGCGGCGGGCUGCAGGAUGCGCGGCCCAAGCAGCUGCUGGACAUGCUGCAGCCCAGCUACCCCUUCCUCACCCUCCAGAACGUGAAGAACCACCUGCAGAAGCAGCGCACCAAGGCAGCCAGGCACGGCGGCGGAGGCGGCGGCCGCGCCCCUGCCAGCCCCGGCUCCGACAGCCAGGGCGAGCCGAUGGCCAGCGAGCCCACGCUGUCUGCUGGUACCGCCGGUACCGCCGGUACUGCCGGAACCCUGGGGACCGCCGACGCCCCGGGCGGCAUGCUUGGGGGGCCCCGACCCGUGCCCACCAUAUGGCUUCCAGACGCCUUCUCGGCGAGCGACGCCCAGACCAACUCCCUGGUCGACCUGGCGAAGCGGGCGCUGGCGCUGACGGUGCACCAGCUGGCACUGUACCGCAAGCUGCUGGAGGAGCUUGAGGUGGAUGAGGGGGACCACGCGGCGCUAGUGGCGGCCCUGCGGGAAGAUCCCACGGGGCAGACCGUCGUGCUGGACGCCCAGCGCGCCGCCAGCGCCGCGUCGCAGGGCGGCGGCGAGGACGGCCGCCCUGCGCGCCUGCGCCGCCUGCUGGCCCGCCUGCUGCCGCCCAAUCCCUUCAGCUCCGGCCCCAAGGCGGAGGCGGCGCUGAAAAUGGCGGCCUGGGUGGCAGCAGUGGCCCGCCACGCAGACGGCUCCGGUGCCGCUGCGGGGCCCUUCCUUGCGGCCGCAGGCGGCAUGCUGCAGCCCCGCCUGGUGGCCACGCCCGACGCCGCGGGCGGCGCCUCGCUGGCUGCAUCUGCCACCGCUGCUGCUCCGGCUGCAGCGGCGGCGGCUGGCGGACCAGCGGGGUCGUCUGCCGCUGCCGCGGGGCUGGCGGGGCAUGACGGCGCAGCGGCGGCCGCGGCGGCUGCCGCAGGCCGAGCCGGCAGCGCAGAGAUGGAGGAAGCUCCGGAGGGCGCGGCGGCGGUGCGGCGGCAGCGGCCCGACCUGCAGCAGCGCCGCAAGCGGCACAAGCCCCUGAGCGAGCUUCUGGCCGAGAUCCCGCUGCAGGAGCCACUGCACGAUGCUGCGCAGCAUGCGCAGCAGGCCCAGCAGGCCCAGCAGGCCCAGCAGGCGCAGCCUGGCCUGCCGGGCCUGCCGCCGGGCGGCUCGGCGCCUGUGGGCAUGCCGGGCACGAGCCCUGUGGGGCCAGCGGGCGCGCCGCUUGCUGGCGACACGCUGGGUCCCACUCUGUCCAUGCAGCUGCAGCAGCACCUGCAGCAGCAGCAGCAGCACCUGCAGCUGCAGCAGCACCAGGCGGCGGCCGGCGGCGGCACCCUGCUGGGCGCCGGCCAGGCGCAGCAGGCGCAGCAAGGCAUGGGGAUGCAGCUGGAGGAUGAUUCGAUGAUGCUGCGGGCCCUGGAUGCUCAGGCAAGCCUGAGAGCUAGCUAUCAGCUGCUACCUGCCCCCUGGAUCGCGCACGGCGCAUGCCGCUGCUUGCGGGCAGGGCAGUCCACAGCCUCCUGCUGCGCCAUGAGCAGCCUUCUUCUGCAGAGCGUCAGCAACGCCCUCCUGCGCUCCGCUCACGACGGCGGCACGGUGGGGGAGCCCGGCGGCGAGCCCGGCGCCGGCCUGCCGCCGCCCCAGGCCGCCGCGGGGCUGGAUGCCGCGUUCCAAGCGCUGGGCGACGAGCCGCUGCCCGCCGCCAGCCUGGACAUGGGCGUGCUGCGCUCCUUCCUCGACAUGCUUUCCAGCGGCGGCAUGUCCCCAUUCACCUCUGCCGGCCUGCCAACCCUCAGCGAACUCGUGAUGGCGCACUCUGGGGGCGUGGGGCAGGCCGCCGAGGGGCAGGCCCCCGCGGGGCAGGCCGCGUCCGGCCCCUCGCCGCCGCCUGCCUUCCUGGGCAUGGCCGGGUCGGGCCUGUCUGGCGGCGCCGGCGGCUCGGGGGGCAGCGGCGGCAGCGGCGGCAGCGGCGGCAUCGGGGGCGGCUCCUUCUCCGCCUUCACCGCGCCCAGGCCCGGCGGAGGGGCCGCAGGCGGCCAGUAG